AUGUCCGCUCAAACUUACACCUUCCGCCAGCCUCAGUCCUCGGACGCUCCCGCCCUAUCCCACCUAUACGGCUCCGUCUGGGCGCACUUCUUCGCAUAUUCCGUCUCCCCCUCAGACCUUGAAGACUACCUCUCCGGCCCCCUCUCCCCGUCCUCAAUCGAGCGCGACAUCGCCGACCCCACCGCGCGUUUCCUCCUUGCUACCACCCAAACCCCCGACGGGAAGGACACCAUCAUCGGCGCGGUCCAGCUCGCCACUGGCAUGUCUGAGCCAUGUCUGGCUGAAUCAUCCACCAUCCACCUGCGGAGAUUAUACAUCGAUAUGGCGCAUCACGGGAGCGGACUCGCCGGGGAUCUCAUGGCGCGGACGGAGGAGAUGGCGCGGAAAGAGGGGUACCGGAGCCUGUGGCUAGGGGUGUGGGAAGAUAAUAAGCGGGGGAGGAGGUUCUAUGAGAAGAUGGGGUUUGUUGAAAGGGGGCAGAAGUACUUUAUGGUGGGCGAAUCGAGGAGAAGGGACUUGGUACUGGAGAAGACUAUAUAG